AGCAGAUGGAGACAGGCAGGGGUAUACCUCUAACAUCGCGCGCGCCGUUUCGGGAAGGAAAGACAGGGGUCGGUCCGCGCGCGGGGAAGAAGCAGCGACGUUCGAGGAGACAACAUUGGAAGGUGCGCUGGGGUCGGGCUGUGCCCUGAGCCUCCGAGGACGCGUUGGCCUUUUUAGAGUUGCGCCAGCACGGAUCACGCAUGCCGAGGAAGCCGUCGAGUGUAAUCCGGACUUUGGCUAUCUGUCGUCCGUGCUUCCGUUCCCCCCUCCUCCGACACUGAAAGACAAACGCGUCGAAAACACAUCCUCCUCGUCCAAAGCCGUCCUCCGCGCCGCGAAACCUCUCCCGAAACAGAGAAUACCAAGCCAAGAUGGUCGCGACACGAUCCUCCUCCCGCGCCCUCCCCAACGGCGUCGACGCCUCCCCGUCUCACUCCCCGUCUCCUGCCCCCGCCCCCGUCGUCGCCUCCGUCGCCUCCGCCGUCCGUGACAACAAGUCCGCCGCCCCCCGCGGCUGGUCCCACGCCCCGACCACCCUCACCGCCGCCUGGCUCCUCGUCUCGCUGCCCCUCGUCGCCUGGGACACGGGCUACGUCCUGCUGCGGCCCUGGACCAUGCCCGGCGGCCACCUCCACUGGCCCCUCUGGGUCCCCUAUGCUCUCUACGGCGAGGUCGACUACGUCUACGGCCGGAAGGCCUUUGAGGCCCGCAACGGCUUCACCUCGGCCCAGGGCGCCCUCAACCUCGUCGAGACCCUCAUGUACCUUGCCUACGUCUGGCUGUACGUCUCGCGCGGCGAGUCCGUCGGGGGGCCUGCCGGCGCCAAGAAGACCGUCGGCGGGAGGGCUGGCGCCCUGGCCGUCGUCAUCGGCUUCAGUGCCGCCGUCAUGACAUUGAGCAAGACGGUGCUGUACUGGGCUAACGAGUACUUCUCCGGCUUCGAUAACAUCGGCCACAACACGAUGGCUGAUAUAAUCACGAUGUGGAUCAUCCCCAACGGCGCCUGGAUUGUCGGGUCGGGCUACAUGGUCUUGUCCCUGGGCGGCGAAAUCGUCAACGGCCUGGCUCUCGCCUCGAAGACGACCAAGACCGAGUAACUCGCGACUAGAUACGUGACGGGCGUAUCGAGCCUCUCAGUCGGUAUCCUUUGGGGAAUAAACCCAUCAUUUGGUAGGAAUAGCACCAUGGGUUGGGGCACGCUGCUGCUGUAAGAUGAAGAGAU